AUGGAUGACUCUUUCAGAAUCGAUGGCAACAACUUGGGAACGAUACUCACACAGAGUCUUUGUAACAAUCCAAGCGAGUUCAUCAAAGGUCUCAUGGCAGAUACCAACCCUAGAUCACAUGUUGGCAUCCAGUUUACUUGUGAGGAAGGUGUUCCAAAGAUCAAGUCCGCCAACAUCGAGUCCCUCCUCAGUCCUAACUCACGAACGAGGCAACAGUUCAAGAACAAUGGAUCACUAGUGAGACAGAAGGUGUUAAGAUUCACUCAACAUUGGGUAGACAGGAAUUGGUCAGACUUUGACUUCCAAGACAGUUUCACAUUGAUGGAUGUCAAGCCACUAGAAAUUGCAAGACAGUUAACAAUCAUAGAUCAUAGAUUGUUGAUGAAUAUAUCGAGGGAGGACUUGUUGAGAUGUGCUGGUCUGAGGUAUAAUAGAGAUGAAGGUAGACCAGUAUCCAUUACCCAAAUAACAGAGAGAUUCAAUAAUGUUAGUCGAUGGGUAUCCACCAAGGUUGUCACAUGCCAGCCAUCAGAAAGGAUUGACAUAAUAUUCAAGUUUAUCAACAUUGCCCUAAACUGUUGGGUACUAAAGAUCUUUAGUGGUACGAUGGCCAUUGUGUCUGGAUUGAAGUGUGGCGCACUCAAUAGGUAUACCUCGGCUUGGGAACAUGUAAAUAGUUCAAAGCUUGGAAAGAGAUUGGAAGAAUUGGUGCCUCUUGCAACCUAUCCAAACAAAUUGCGAAAGAUCAUUGAUAAAGUUGAUCAACCUGCCGUUCCAAACUUGCACGCCUACUUGAAUCAUUUGGCCAUCAUCACGGAAGGCAACGCAUCAACAAUCAACGACUAUCAGAUCAAUCUGGCGCGAUACGAGAUGAUUGGUAGGAUAUUCAACAAAUUGAAUCAGUUCAAAUCCUGCUCCUAUGUGUUGGUGCCAUUGGGAGUGUUCCAAGACAGUCUGGAGAGCCUGCCACUGUUGUCUGACAACGAGCUGUAUGAGGCUGCCAAGUUAGAGACCUGUCAAGAAAAUGAAAGGUCUUUGUUGGCAUCGAUGACGUCACAGCCACAACAUCAACAACAGUACUUCCUUAAAAAAGGAAAGAAGUAA